AUGUCCAUUAUUGCUAGGAAAAUAUCCUAUACCGUUGAGUAUAGCUCUACUUCUCGUCCCUCGAAAAGUCAGCAAAUAGCUUCCCUUCCUUUUCUGACGAAGUCGCUUCUCUUCGCUCUCAAAGAUGUUUCAUCAGUAAACCCAACGGCUUGGGCUAUAAGCAACGAAAUGAUGGAUAGAGUAGACCGAAACGAGGAAAGGGGAAUAGA